ACCUCCCAUUACUGGUUCCUUUUUCUAAGCCGUCACAUCUUUAUUUCUUUCUGGUCUCCCUUAUACUAUAUUAGUCCUUCUCUCCAUCAGCCCUUCAUCAAUUCUUUCUGUGAGAAACUUGUUUCUGCAUAACUUGUGUUGAUAAUAUUGUAGAGUUGGUUAGGCUUAGAAGAACUGCCAAAACAUGGCCGGAGGUGGCUUCGUAGGUCCCGACGGAGGGAAAGCAUAUCCCGGAAACCUUACUCUUUUUGUUACCGUAACAUGCGUCGUCGCAGCCAUGGGUGGAUUGAUCUUCGGUUACGAUAUUGGAAUUUCAGGUGGGGUGACAUCCAUGGAUUCGUUUCUGCAUAAGUUCUUCCGAUCAGUAUAUGACAAAAAGAAUAAUGACAAGUCAACAAACCAGUACUGCAGAUUUGACAGUGAAACUCUAACCAUGUUCACGUCAUCUUUGUACUUGGCUGCACUGGCUUCAUCCCUUGUGGCUUCAACUGUGACCAGGAGAAUGGGGAGGAAGUUGUCAAUGCUUUUCGGGGGAGUUCUGUUUCUCGCCGGGGCUUUGGUCAAUGGCUUUGCUCGGAAGGUUUGGAUGCUGAUUGUCGGUCGUAUUCUCCUUGGUUUUGGUAUUGGAUUUGCCAAUCAGUCUGUGCCUUUGUACCUGUCUGAAAUGGCUCCCUACAAGUACAGAGGCGCAUUGAACAUUGGGUUUCAAUUGUCCAUCACGAUUGGUAUUCUGGUGGCAAAUGUGUUGAAUUACUUCUUUGCAAAAAUUAAAGGCGGAUGGGGUUGGCGACUGAGUUUGGGAGGUGCAAUGGUGCCGGCCCUGAUCAUAACAGUUGGAUCACUAAUCCUUCCGGAGACACCUAACUCAAUGAUCGAACGCGGACAAACAAAUGAAGCCAAAGCCAGGCUGAUAAGAAUCAGGGGUAUUGACAACGUUGAUGAAGAGUUCAAUGACUUGGUUGCAGCCAGUGAGGCCUCCAAGAUGGUGGAACACCCCUGGAGGAACAUCUUGCAGAGGAAGUACAGGCCACAACUUACGAUGGCCAUCGCCAUUCCAUUCUUUCAACAGUUUACUGGGAUUAACGUGAUUAUGUUCUAUGCUCCUGUCCUUUUCCAAACAAUUGGAUUUAAAAGCAACGCUUCUCUUAUGUCUGCUGUAAUUACUGGAAUUGUGAAUGUUGUUGCAACUAUGGUUUCGAUUUACGGUGUGGAUAAAUGGGGUAGGAGAGCGCUUUUCCUUGAAGGUGGCGUACAAAUGCUCAUCUGCCAGAUCAUCGUGUCAAUUUGCAUUGGUGUGAAGUUUGGUGUCAAUGGAGUUCCUGGCGAUUUACCAAAGUGGUAUGCAGUUGUGGUGGUGCUGUUCAUAUGCAUAUACGUCGCUGGAUUUGCUUGGUCUUGGGGACCCCUUGGAUGGCUGGUGCCUAGUGAGAUUUUCCCACUUGAGAUCAGGUCUGCUGCUCAGAGUGUUAACGUUUCAGUGAACAUGCUCUUCACUUUUCUGGUGGCCCAAGUGUUCUUGAAUAUGCUCUGUCACAUGAAGUUUGGGCUGUUCCUCUUCUUUGGGGGAUUUGUCCUGGUAAUGACCAUCUUCAUAUACUUCUUCUUGCCUGAGACUAAGAACAUACCAAUUGAAGAGAUGCAUAUGGUCUGGAAGCAGCACUGGUUUUGGUCCAGGUACGUGACAGAAGGUGAUUAUCCCAAUGGAGGUAUCAAGGACGUUGAGCUGGGGCCGACCAAGCGAGUAUAAAAAAGGGCCAGAUGAAUCAUAAAUUACUCAGUGAAGAGGACGCAGAAGCUGCAUUGUUUUUAUUCAGUUAGGAAGUAUAAAUUUGUCCCUUCUGCUGUUAUAAUUGAUUGACAGUGAUAUAUAGAAGUGUUUUCAAAUUUAAAUAUGUUAGCAUUAGACACUGUUGAAUUCCAACAUCAAAAUGUUAUAUGUAAAUUGUGUUAUGUUUUACCA